ACAUUUUGUGAAGUGUUUCCGUUAUUCACUUGGUCUAAGUCUGACACUCUAUACUCUUCACUGCUGCGCAUACUUCUUGAAUGCAGGGACUACCUCUGACACUUCUUAGGUUAUACUUCAUGCAGAGUAGUAGAAGAAGAGAGGACGAGACCUCGUCGCUAAAAGCAUCCUAUGAGGAAACGAAGGUUAAAAAAGGUUGCACAGCUAGUGAGUGGCAGAGCCCAGAUGUGAAUUCUAAGUGUUGGCAUCUUUGCGCCCGAGGGUGUCGCAAGCGGAGGCGGCGAGGACAGGGCGCCUCCGGCCCAGCCAGCCGGGCGGUAUGCGGCGCGGGCAACAGCGCUAAGCGCCCCCACGCUGGGCACGGGGCGUACUCGCUCCAGGCGGCGGGCCGAGCGGCGGCGGCGGAGGGGAUGCGCCCGGGACGUGCAAGGCUCCUACCGCGAGCUACCGCCCCGAGGUGGACCCCCAGCAGGGCUCAACGCAGGACCGCGCGGACCCCUGCCCCCCGGGGCACGCGGCUGCGGAGCCUCGGGGCCGCAUCUGCGGUCAGGAUGCCCUGGGUGCCUCCCUGCUGGUGAGGAUGCCCUGCUGCGCGGCUCUGCACCCCCGGCCCCGGUCCCUGGUAGGCACGACUGAGAGGGCCAGACUUCGGCCCCUGGUGCCGGUGGAUGAAAAGCGCCGGAGUCCCUGAGUGCGACCAGCGAUCGAAUCUGAAUUCUAAGAGCCAUGGACGAAGGCACUGGGCAGCAGCCCCAGGCGGGAGAGCAGCUGGAAGCGCAAGCCACAGUAGGAGCUGUCCAAGAGAAGUGCGAACCAGAGACCUUUAGGUCCAAGAGUUUACCCGUCCUGAACAGCGCCUCCUGCCGGCCAGACCUCAGUCCUGCGAGUACAGGCGCAAAGGCAGCUUUUGGCUGUACAGAUUCUUUGGGCCGUCAGGAGUCGAAACAGGGCCCAAGCGGGUUGGCCCCCAGUCCCUCUGCUCCGUCCACUUCGGCAGAGAUGGCAGGGCUCAUGGAAUGUAACCACAGGGUGGAAGUCAGCAAAGCCGUGUCGGUGUCCUCCACGCUGGCCACGCUCCAGGGGAGAAGGUGCCUCUAUGUGGUCCUCACUGAUUCCCGUUGCUUCCUGGUUUGCAUGUGUUUCCUGACCUUCAUCCAGGCGUUGAUGGUCUCCGGCUACUUGAGCAGUGUCAUCACCACCAUCGAAAGGCGCUACAGUCUGAAGAGUUCUGAGUCGGGGCUACUGGUCAGCUGCUUUGACAUUGGGAGCCUGGUGGUGGUGGUGUUCGUCAGCUACUUUGGCGGCCGGGGUCGGAGGCCCCUGUGGCUGGCCGUCGGUGGACUUUUCAUUGCCAUCGGGGCUGCCCUCUUUGCUUUACCUCACUUCAUCUCGCCUCCCUACCAGAUCCAAGAGUUGAAUGCCUCGGCCUCCAACGACGGCCUGUGUCAGAAUGGCAACUCCACGGCCACCUCGGAGCCUCCCGCCUGCCUGAAGGACUCAGGAGGAAAUAAUCACUGGGUCUAUGUGGCUUUAUUCAUUUGCGCACAGAUUCUCAUCGGAAUGGGUUCCACACCUAUUUAUACCUUGGGACCAACCUACUUGGAUGACAAUGUCAAGAAAGAAAACGCAUCCUUGUACCUAGCCAUCAUGUAUGUCAUGGGAGCACUUGGUCCUGCAGUGGGAUAUUUAUUAGGUGGACUUCUUAUUGGGUUUUAUGUCGAUCCCAGAAAUCCUGUUAACCUUGAUCAGAAUGACCCUCGUUUCAUUGGAAACUGGUGGAGUGGAUUCCUCCUUUGUGCCAUUGCAAUGUUUCUUGUGAUAUUCCCAAUGUUUACUUUUCCAAAAAAGCUUCCUCCUCGACACAAGAAAAAGAAAAAGAAAAAAUUUUCUGCUGAUGUUGUUAGUGACGAUGACGUUAUGAAGGAGAAAUCAAACAAUAGUGAACAAGUGGACAAAAAAGUUUCUUCUAUGGGAUUUGGAAAGAAUGUCAGAGACCUACCAAGAGCAGCUGUCAGGAUCUUAAGCAACAUGACAUUCCUUUUUGUGAGUUUGUCAUACACAGCUGAGAGUGCCAUUGUAACUGCUUUCAUUACCUUCAUUCCCAAGUUCAUCGAGUCACAGUUUGGUAUCCCAGCUUCCAAUGCCAGCAUCUACACUGGUGUUAUUAUUGUCCCCAGUGCCGGUGUGGGGAUUGUCCUGGGAGGCUACAUUAUAAAAAAACUGAAACUUGGUGCAAGAGAAUCUGCGAAACUAGCCAUGAUCUGCAGUGGUGUAUCCUUACUGUGUUUUUCCACCCUGUUUAUCGUUGGAUGUGAAAGUAUUAAUCUAGGGGGCAUAAACAUCCCAUAUACAACAGGACCUUCUCUCACCAUGCCUCACAGGAACCUGACAGGAAGCUGCAAUGUUAAUUGUGGUUGUAAAAUACACGAGUAUGAGCCAGUCUGUGGAUCAGAUGGAAUUACAUACUUUAACCCUUGUCUGGCUGGCUGUGUUAACAGCGGUAAUCUUAGCACUGGGAUAAGGAAUUACACAGAAUGCACGUGUGUCCAAAGCCGGCAGGUGAUCACCCCGCCCACAGUGGGCCAGCGCAGUCAGCUUCGCGUCGUUAUUGUCAAAACCUAUCUCAACGAGAACGGCUAUGCUGUGUCCGGGAAGUGUAAACGGGCCUGCAAUACCCUUAUCCCGUUCUUAAUUUUCCUUUUCAUAGUCACCUUCAUCACAGCAUGUGCCCAGCCAUCAGCCAUCAUAGUAACACUCAGGUCGGUAGAAGAUGAGGAGAGACCUUUCGCGCUGGGGAUGCAGUUUGUUCUAUUGCGAACACUUGCAUACAUUCCUACUCCAAUUUACUUUGGAGCAGUCAUUGACACCACCUGCAUGCUCUGGCAACAGGAAUGUGGGGUACAAGGCUCUUGCUGGGAGUACAAUGUGACCUCGUUCCGUUUCGUCUAUUUCGGUUUGGCCGCCGGCCUCAAAUUUGUUGGCUUUAUUUUCAUUUUUCUGGCCUGGUACUCCAUUAAAUACAAGGAGGACGAGCUGCAGAGGCAGAGGUGGAGAGAGUUCCCUCUGAGCACCGUGAGCGAGAUGGUGGGCCACUCGGACCAUGCCCACAAGGAGGCCCGGACUAGAUCCUGCCCAGCUCUCGGCAGCCAGGGGGGCUUCUGCGAAGAGACUGGCCUGCGGAAAGGCGUCCACUGCACAGCACAGACCUACCCGGGGCCCUUCCCCGAAGCAAUAAGCCCGGCCCCGGCCCCGGGGCUCGAAGAAAGCCCAACUGCCACGGAGCCUCCCUCCUGAAGCUUGAAAACGGAAGACUUUAGUUUUGUUGGUUGAGUCGAAUAUGGCAACUUGAGAAACACCCGUGCCUUCUUUUCUUUCUUUCUUUUUUUAACCUCUAAAGACACGAUCCUCAGACCAACGAAACUCAGUAUACACAGCCACUGUUGAUUGAGGGCUGGAUACCUCAACAAGACUGACAGCCUUCUCCCCCCACUUCUCUCCAAGAAGGAGGAGUUUAGAUAGAGUUGUUACCAUUUCUGCUAUGUUAAUUUAACGCUCAUGUUCCGGUGUGGUAUAAGGCUGAGAGGUGCCUGGUUAUAACAAAAUCACGGGAAGUGUAAUGGCGGAGCAUAUCAUUAGCAUACACUCCAAACCGAGGUGAGCUUGACCAUGACUUUGCAUUUACAAAUCAAGGUUUUUAGAUAUGAACACCUACUGUGAGUCCCGCUACAAAGCACAAAUGAAUUUGCCUCAACUAUGCAAUUUUGAUGGGGAAAAUGUAAGUGCAGCAUGUUACUUUUGCUUUCAGAGACUAAAAGCAGGUACGUUUUUGAGAAGAGGACAAGAAACUUUCCCUGAAGUACUGUUAAUAGCAUUUUAAGCCAUAGCAGAGUUAUAAAUCAGGUAGAAUUUUUCAAAUGCUUCAAAGGAAUCAUACGCAUAGUGUGAUAAAAGGAACUGCUACUUUCUUCCAUAAGACACGUUCUCUGCCCCAUUAUAAGGUAAAGAGUCUGCUGGAUCAUAAAUCUGAGAGCUUGAAUAGAAACUCCAGUAUUCUUUUUUGCCAGGGGCUUUAAAACUAGUGUGCUAAACAAUGUGGCUAGAGAUGAACUCGAGACAUAUCGUAAGGAGAGAAACUGAUGGCUUUCUCCUCCAAAGAAAAAUGCUACAGAAAUCCUUUCGGCUCUUACGGGCCCACACAAGGGUAGUUAAGAACUGUAACCUUGACACUCAAAAUAGUUGGAAAAAGAAAUUCCACAAAGGUACAGUUGAGUCCCAUCUGAUCGUUUUAGUUAUACGUCCAGAAGCCCAGCAAGUCUGCCCUGUUUUCUUUUUUAUGCACAGAAAAUUGCUAUGGUUGCCCCCUGAAACUGAGUAGUUAAAUCAGGAAAGCUACACCUGUGAUGUGAAAAUCACUUUGAAUACAGGAGGAGGGCGAUCGGUGACCUGGGCCCAGAGUAUGAUCCUAAAUAAUGAUCGGAAGUUACUUAAAAUCAGCUUGUCUGUCAUCCUGAAUUCUACUUUAUCAGAGUUCGAAUGAUUUUACGCCUCCCUUUGAUUCCUUCCUCCUGUAAUCUUCCUGAAGCAAUUCUGAGAGAGGGUUUUUCUGUUCCUAAAUGCACUUUGGAUUCUUACCCAUCAUCUUUUUCAGUUCCUCUCAGCACAUCACUUUGACUUAGGCACCACACAGAAUGCUUUCUACAUGGUUCUUAAGGUAGAUGCUUCCUGCCAGCACUACGGGCUGAUAGCAAGUUAACUCUUGGGAUCUGGCGGCUCAGAAAAAGAAUCCUGACAAUCCAGAUUUAGGAGGGACUGUGGUCCAAAUACCAACAUAAUUGUGAGCAGUUUCUGCCAAGGAGCCUAUGCUUAUGUAGGGGCUGAGUUGGGAAAUGAUUUCCUUGGCUGGCUUACACUCUUCCACGGAGGGCAAGUGAUUGACAGCAUUGUCCCAUGAUUCAGGCUUUUGCCCUUCAUCCUUGGCUGCACUGGUGGAGUUGUGUGAACGUUCCCGGGGCCAAGAUUGUUUUCCCCUCUACCUAAGAACGGCAUUGUCAGGUGGUUCUCUUGGUUGCACGCAGUUUGUGGACAGAGUGAUCACUCUUAGACUGAAUAAUGUGUACAAGGGGGGGAGCCGGUGGUCUCGGGUGACAAGGACUUCCCUUUGAGCAGUCUCGUUGGCUGAGUCCUAAGUCCUAAGUUGCCUGGAAUUGCACUGUUGUCUGUCAACCUUCGGUCAGUAUAGCGUGUAUCGAACGUCUUCAGACAAUGUUGCUGAUUAACUUAGUGUCCGCUCUGGUGCUUCGGGGCUCCCGUUUACUCUCUGUGGGAGAUCUUUGCUCCUUUAGAAGGGAAAGUUUCCUUUUGUGUUGGAGCUAAAGAUACACAGGCUGGGGAGAGGCGCUGUUUUCUUAAUUUUCCUCUAAUUGCUAAGGAACUACAUGGAGAGAAUUUGGAUGGGAGUAGCACUUUUUUUUUUUUUUUCUUUUUCCUUAAAGCCAAGAUUGUAUGAUCCAACACUCUUAGAAUCUGUUUCUUCUUGGUAGUAUAUUUUGAAAAGGAGCUGCUCUCAGAACUCCCAGGUGACAAGUGAUAGACUCUUUGGGUACGACUCGAGAGCCCUCUCUACCUUGAACAGUCAUCCAGUUCAGCAACCUCGACCAGGUGCCACUUCUCUAUUGGGCACAAUUUUAGCCAAUUACCAUCUGCCGCUCAGUGAAAUUGUUAGGUUGACUAGGCCAGAAUUCAAAGAAAUUGGCCCAAAUUAUACACCACAAUGUUAAUAUUGUACUUCCUCAAGUAUGUGAUACUUAUAAAUAGCAGGUGUAUCAUUAGUGUGUUGUUGGUAAGUGUAGAGUAAGUAGUGAAAAUCAUGGAAGACUGAAAUUUUGAAAUAUGUACCAAUUAAGAAUUGUCCCCAAAAUGCUUUGGGUCCCGGUAGCAUCCUUGGAAUAUUGCAUAAUCAACUAAAGUGACUAUUUUAUAAAUGGCACCAUUUCAUUGUAGAUACGAGGUUCUUCUCUGCUUGCUACUUUAUAGUUACGGCUUCUAUUAUAAGUUUAAUUCCCACUUUCCAUGAACUUAGAUUCUAAUCGCCUGUUUUGGAAAAAGGUCACCUUGUUCUUUUAUCGACUCUGUAGAUUACUGUGUUAUUUGGCUUUAAUAUGCAAAUAUAAUAUCCAUGAGUCUAGCCUAUUAAUUUAGAAACUCCCAGGGGGAGGGUGGGUGGCUGGAGCACAUUUUUUUUUCCAGUUCUCUCCAUUAGUAUGAAAUCCUUAUCCUUUGUAGGUGGAUUUAAUUCUUGAAAAUAGUCAAAAGUCAUUCAGAACGAAGGUUGGGUGGGAAGGAGAGCACAGAAGAAACAGAUUAGCUUUUGUUGAGGGUUGACCAUUUCAGAGAAUUCUGUCAGACACCUAAUAUACAUCAUUUAUUUUAAUACUCUUAAUAACUUUGCAAGAUAACUAUUUUCAUUCUGUGUUGUUGUUGUUUCUUUUUAAACAGAUCAUGAAAACUGAGACACAGAGAGGUAAAGAGACUUGUUUAGGAUUCUAGAGAAUGGCCAAGUCAGGGUUCAGAAGCAGCUUUCUGUCUCCACCACCUGCUUCUUAUGUUUUAUGAUGCCCACAAUAGCGUUGGUUAACAAAGACAAGUGUGGCUCUAAUUUAGCGAGGUAAAGCAUUUCAUUUUUUGAUGUGUUACUGUUCCUGAAGAGUAGGGAAGUUAUUAUUUCUUUGUGUAGGAUAGAAAACAAAAAUCUGUAGGACACCUCAAAAUUUAAUGUUUAGAUUUUCAAGGUAAAUUUACAUUGAUUUUUAGCGAAGUGUUAUACUCAAAGUUGUCACAACAUACCUCACUUAUUUAUUUAUGGUUCAUAUUUAAUAUAGAACAAAUCCAAUGUUGAUGUUAGCAUUGAGUCCCAGUAGAGUUUCUGAAAUGAAACAUGAGGAAAUGUGGUUCAGAAUUUUUGAAUCUGAACUUUGGGGAACUUUAAGUGUAUGCUCUUUCUUUCUUUCUUUCCUUCUCUUUAAGAAUGUUAACAUUUCCAUUAAUUUUUAGUGAAUAUGGGAUUUGAGUUUCCUAAUAAAAGUUUUCAAUGAACGCAUACGAAGUGUUACACAAUGCUCCAUGUUAUACACCAGACAACUGACGGGAUUGUUCCUGUUAGUAGCUGCCCUAACAAACGGGGAGCAUGCGCUUCGAAAUCAGAGAAGGAGGAAGUACAUUUUCACCAACUACCAGGAAAAUUCUUCCUCAGUCUGCAAUUCCAGCUUGCAUUCUUCGGUGGGCUUGGAGCCAGAAAGUUUCUUUUUGGAACCUGUUUGGCAUCAACCUAAGCGCACCAGAGAGCAGCUGUGUGGUUUGAACGGACCCGAAGCAUUUGUGGAAAUUCUCGGGUGUGCCCAGGAGCAGCAGGAGAGCCUGACUCGGGGUUGGGGGGCGGGGGGGGGGCGGAGAGCCAAGUAUACUUUCCGUGUGUGUG